CACUCUUCCAAUCUCCUCCCUCCGUGGCCUUCCAUCCAACGAUCGAAAUCCGUCCCACUAAUCCAGCGCACGUUAGUCACACUCAGGAUCCCCAAUUCUAUCUGCUAACAAUUGUCUGAGAAGGAAAAAACAUAUCCUCUAUCAGAUUCAGACCCAAAAAAGAAAAAGGAUAAGAAAAGACUGCCCUUUAUCAGAAUUGAGAAACCCCUCCGUCGCCCUUCCCUUUGGGCGUUACGUUAACGUGCGCCAGAUCCUUGGUGAGCUGAAGUCUGCGCCGUUAAUGGCUCCCGCCAGCUUCAUCAUCCGACCCUUGAUCCUGACCAUCCGAUUGGGUCCACUUGAGCUUUUGCUUGCGUUUAAUGGAAAGUGAUUCAUUUUAAAAAGGGGGGGGGGGGGAAAACCGUAACGUUGAUUAACAACAAUCUUAGUCUUUUAUUAGGCGGUUGGUGUACGGAGGGGAAAAAGGAUUCAAUCACAUGAUGGAUUUAGAAACCCUAACCGUGAUUUUGUCUCCAAGUUGGGUUGUUGGAGAGAGGAUGACCUUUACCGGCUCUCUCUAGUAUUUCCUCUUCCGUAAUUUUUUUUUAAUUUAGAAAAAAAGGGCUUUUUUGGGGGGUUUCCUUUGUGGGAUUUUUUUUUUUUUGUAGAAAAGUGAUCAUUUUUGGGUUGAGGGGAUAUGGAGAGCAAGGAGCUGAAUUUGAAUAAAGAGUGUAAAGUAGGAGGAGGAGCAGGAGGAGCUGGAGGAGCAGGAGAGGGGUUUAUAGACAGGAGCAAAGUGAGGAUAUUGCUAUGUGAUAACGAUCCUAAGAGCUCUGAGGAGGUCUUUUCACUUCUUUUGAAAUGUUCUUAUCAGGUGACUUCAGUAAGGUCUGCUAGACAGGUUAUUGAUGCACUGAAUGCUGAGGGACCUGAAAUUGAUAUCAUACUGGCUGAAGUUGACCUCCCAAUGACCAAGGGAAUGAAGAUGUUAAAGUAUAUUAUGCGGGAUAAGGAUCUGCACCGUAUUCCUGUUAUUAUGAUGUCGGCACAGGAUGAGGUCUCUAUUGUUGUUAAGUGCUUGAGGCUUGGUGCUGCUGACUAUCUUGUCAAGCCUUUACGCACCAAUGAAUUGUUGAACUUGUGGACACACAUGUGGAGAAGGCGACGCAUGCUUGGUCUGGCAGAAAAGAACAUCUUGAACUAUGAUUUUGAUCUAGUGGCAUCAGACCCUAGUGAUGCUAAUACAAACAGUACUACUUUGUUCUCGGAUGACACAGACGACAAGUCCCGGAAGAGCACCAAUGCAGAGAUCGCAGUUUCAACUCAUCAGGAAGACGAAUAUGUUGCUGCUCUUGUAGAGCCUCCUCAAACUGAUUCAUCAGAAUGUCGUCCUGAUGUUCCAGGAAUAAGUGACCGCAGAACAGGGCAAUUUUCAUCUGGUCCAAAGAAGAGUGAGCUAAAGAUUGGUGAGUCAUCAGCCUUUUUUACUUAUGUGAAGUCAAAUGCAGUCAAAACCAGUACUCAAGUAGUCACCCCUCAUGACGAAAAUGCUGCUCAAAAUAAGAUCAUUGAAGAGAAUCUUCAGCAAUCUGGUCAACUAGUGGUUAACGAUGUCCAAGUACAUGAGAAUGGAGAAGCAUGGGAAAACUGUUCACAGGGAGAUGACUUUCCUAGCAGCAGCAGUAUACCAGAUUCACUUUCCUUGGAGAGGUCUUCUACUCCUCCUGUGUCUAUGGAGUUCUCACAACAAAGGAAUUUUAAGGAAGAGAAGCUUGCUCAGGUGCUUGUGCCUCCAAGAAAUGAACCUCAACGUGAUUUAUCUGGUUUACCUACACAAACUGCUUACCCAUACUAUAUGCCAGGAGUUGUAAAUCAAGUUAUGAUGCAGUCAUCAGGCCAGUUGUUUCAGAACAACCUCCAUGACCUUCAAAACCAUGCCGCUUCUUCUGUGCUACCUCAAUACAGUCAUCUUCAACAAUGUCUUUCACAUCCUCAUGUAAGUGGGAUGGCAUCAUUUCCAUACUACCCAGUUAAUAUGUGUGUACAACCUGGUCAGAUGCCAACUGGUCACCCUUGGCCAUCAUUUGGAAAUUCAUCUACCAGUGAAGUGAAAUUAAGUAAGGUUGACAGAAGGGAGGCAGCAUUAAUCAAAUUUAGGCAGAAAAGGAAGGAGCGCUGUUUUGAUAAGAAAAUUAGGUAUGUUAAUCGAAAAAGGCUAGCUGAAAGGAGGCCUCGUGUGAGGGGACAAUUUGUCAGGAAGGUAAAUGGUGUAAUGGUAGAUCUGAACGGGCAACCUGCUUCUGCUGAUUAUGAUGAGGAUGAAGAAGAGGAGGAGCAGGCAUCAAGGGAUUCUUCUCCUGAAGAUGAUACUUUAGGAUGUUGAUGUCAAGUUUGUACAUUUUGAGGAUCUUUUAGAUUAUGUGUACCUCUGCCUGUUUCCUCUAUGGAAGGAUGAGAAUGAGUGACAUAGUUUUCCAUUGAAGAAGUCUAAACAUCAAUGUAUUGAUUGAAGAGUGCAGAACACAGAUCAGAACAAAUGUGCAUCCCAAAUAUCAAUCAGGUGAAAGCGGCCGGAUUAAGUUUUUGCAAAGUGCUUCCAUCAGGAUGCCUAAAUUGCCCUGGUUCACCUUAUUGAGGUAAGCAUCAGCUCAAGGAACUAAUAUAAGGAAGUAACUGAUGGUGCCAGUUCCCCUGUCGACUGCAUGUCAGUGGAGAUAGCACUUCUUGUUAUAUUCUUUUCAUGGUUCAAGUGUUAAAAAAGGUUCCAAUUCCAAAGGCUUUUCCAGUUUUUGAGAACUGAAACUUUCUAAAAUUGUUCUCAAAGGAGAAUGCAAUCUUGUAGGACUUUUUCAAUGAAAUGCAAAGCUUGUAGGCUUUUCCACUUCUAUAUAUUUGUUUCUAUGAUUAACUUGUGGCCCCGUUUGUCAACUAAAUGAAUCAGUGAACGGAUUUUCAGGA